AUGGAUGCAAUAGAGUUGAGCAACAUGAAAGUAGGGAAACGCAGCAUUGUUAACAGCAUUACCAAGACACUUCGCAUUUUCGAACUAUGCGCCGCUCUCUUCUUCCUUACGUGGUUCCUCGCGCGUCUCCCUUUAGCUCUGCGGCUCUCCGCCGACUAUCUCCGCAGUCCUCUCUUCGUCUUCGCCGUUUUCAACGCCAUCAUCGCCGCUCUUCUCGCCCAGUCCCGCCGAUUCACCCAAUCCCAUUCUGAUGAGCCGGUUGUGGCAGAGGCAGAGCACCGGCAGAUCGGUGACACGUGUAAGGACAGCGAUUCGGGCGCCGCAGCAGAUCAUCUUGAUAGAAGAAAAGUUUAUUGCCAAAGCCUGUCGGAGGGAAAGGGCGAGGAUGGGAAUAAGACGGCGGGACGAGAAGUCCGGCGAUCGGAGACGGAGAAGGCGCGGGAAAAAUCGUAUCCGCAGGAUAAGCUGAGCAACGAGGAGUUCCGGCGCACGAUAGAUGCGUUUAUUGCAAAGCAGACGAGGUUACUGAGGGAAGAGUCGUUGGCCAUUUCGCUUUGUAAUUAA